AUGCAUUUCCUUAUAUUUACGCUAGUUAUUGCUAUAUGUUUUGGUUUGAAUGAAGGUGCACCCCUCUGGAACACUUUAGAGAUUCAAAAUAAACUCAGUUCAGAUAGUAUUCUCAAAGUUAAUUGUUCAUCCAACAAAGAUGUAGAUGACGGUCUCCAUGAAAUAAAAGUUAAUGAUAAAUAUCAAAUAUUUAUUAGAGAGAAAGGAGCAGGAAACAUAAUUGUAUGGCGUUGUACCUUUCGAUAUGGAGAUAAAGUGGAACAUUCUCAAACAAUAUGGCAUGCAUACAGAGGAGCCGCUACCAUUCGAACAGGUCAAAAACGUUCAUGGAUUGCCAGAUUUGAUGGAAUUUACUUAGAGAAAAAUAAUGAAAUACAGGGAUUCAAACAUCAUUGGAUCGUUACUAAAAAUGAGUUUUGCCUUUUUAAAAAUCCUAUUUACAUAUGA